AUCAGGAUUUAAAAUAAUAAUGGCAGCGGCAGCACCAGCAGCUGCAGCAGCAGCACCGGCUGCAGUAGCAACGGGUGGACCCAAAAAUAUAGUGGAAAUUGCAGGUGAAGCCAAUAUCACCAAUUAUAUGAAGAAUCGUUUGAGACGCGGAGGCAUGAAACGCAAAGGCAUGCAAGUGGUUAAUGGCCAUAAGUUUGUGGUAAGAUUUUUUAAACAGCCAACUUAUUGUGGUCAUUGUAAGGACUUUAUAUGGGGUUUUGGCAAGCAGGGUUUUCAAUGUGAAGAUUGUCGUUUUAAUAUCCAUCAAAAAUGUGUGAGUUUUGUGGUAUUCAAGUGUCCCGGCACUGAGACGGACAUCGAUGCUGAUUGUGCCAAAGUUAAGCAUUCCUGGAUUUCAACCACCUACUCGUCUGCCACAUUUUGUGAUGAUUGUGGCCUAUUAUUGCAUGGUGUUGCUCAUCAGGGUGUCAAGUGUGACAACUGCAAUCUUAAUGUGCAUCAUGGCUGCAAGGAUAAAGUACCACCACUUUGUGGUUCGGAUAUUAGUGAAAUAAGAGGCAAACUAUUACUGUAUGUGGAAAUGAAAGGCAAUUCCUUAAAGGUAGAAAUCAAGGAGGCUGCCAAUUUAAUACCCAUGGAUACUAAUGGUCUUAGCGAUCCCUAUGUAGCCGUACAACUACAUCCCGAUCGCAGUGGCAAAACUAAAAAGAAGACCAAAACCAUUCAAAAGAAUUUAAAUCCAGUUUUCAAUGAAACAUUUACAUUCGAUAUAACUCCACCUGAUCGUGAGAAACGUUUACUGGUAGAAGUUUGGGAUUGGGAUCGUACUUCACGUAACGAUUUUAUGGGCUCAUUUUCAUUCAGUCUGGAUGAGAUUCAAAAGGAAGCCAUUGAUGGUUGGUAUAAGUUUUUGUCUCAGGUUGAGGGUGAACAUUACAAUAUACCCUGCAGUGAUCCAGUUAAUGAUAUUGCACGUUUGAGGGAUGAAGUUCGUCGCGAAAAACCCUCCAACAGACGUCGCAUGGACAAUAAGGACAUGCCACACAACAUGAGCAAACGCGAUAUGAUCAGGGCAGCUGAUUUUAAUUUCAUUAAAGUCUUGGGCAAGGGUUCGUAUGGCAAAAUACUAUUGGCCGAGCGACGUGGUACUGACGAACUGUAUGCCGUGAAGGUCUUAAGGAAAGAUGUUAUUAUACAGACAGAUGACAUGGAAUUGCCCAUGAUAGAGAAGAGUAUAUUGGCAUUGCCGGGUAAAUCACCAUUUUUGGUAUCCUUGCAUUCAUGCUUUCAGACUAUGGAUCGUUUAUUCUUUGUUAUGGAGUAUUGCAAGGGUGGAGAUUUGUUGUAUCACAUGCAACAAUAUGGCAGAUUUAAAGAAUCAGUGGCCAUAUUUUAUGCCGUUGAGGUGGCUUUGGCUUUAUUCUUUUUACAUGAACGUAGAAUUAUUUAUCGUGAUUUGAAAUUGGAUAAUAUUUUAUUGGAUGUGGAGGGUCAUGUUAAGCUGACCGAUUUUGGUUUGUCCAAGGAUAAUGUGGCUGAAGGUGAUACCACCAAAACUUUCUGUGGCACCAGUUCUUAUAUGGCACCGGAGAUUAUUAUGUGUGAGCCUUAUAACCACACCGUAGAUUGGUGGGCCUAUGGUGUGUUUUUAUAUGAAAUGAUGGCUGGCCAACAACCAUUUGAGGGCGAUGAUGAUAGUACCAUUUUCAAGAAUACCAAAGAAAAGAAGGCUGUUUUUCCCAAACAUUUUACCCAAGAGUCAAUGGAUAUUAUAACUAGUUUCUUGGCCAAAAAGCCCAACAACCGUUUGGGUGCUGGCAGGUAUGCCCGCACUGAAAUACAAACUCAUCCCUUUUAUCAGGGUGUUGACUGGGAGGCGGCUGAAGCUGUAGAUUGGAUAGAUCCACCCAUUGUGCCACAUAUUAAACAUCGCAAGGAUAUUUGCAAUUUUGAUCAAAAUUUCACCAAGGAGAAAACCGAUUUAACUCCUACCGAUAAGCUAUUCAUGAUGAAUUUGGAUCAAAAUGAUUUCAUUGGAUUUUCUUACAUGAAUCCGGAAUUUAUUACCAUGAUAUGAACUAUUUUAACAAUUUAAGUUUAAAAGCAGAUCAUGUAAAGUAGAAUUUCAAGAUUAAAAAAAAACAAAACAAAAAUUAUAAUAUCAAAAUAAUUAUAAACUAUUUACUUAUAUAUAAAAAAUUAAUGUUGUUGCAGUUGUUGUUACAAUUCCUAUUAUGAAAGUAUUUACUAAAAUAAA